AUGGCUACAGCACGCACAGUUCUCGCUUUUCAGCGCAAUGCAAAACUUUACUCCCUGCAAACACUCAUCACAGCAAUCCGACCGUUCAGCAGCUUAGAAGACGAAAAUCGUGAGCUAUUCAAGCAAGGCACAGAGGAAGACUUCGCAGUUGUCACAGAACAGACAAUCUUCCAUCCCCAAGGUGGAGGUCAACCUUCUGAUGUUGGAAAAAUAACAGAUGAAUCUGGUGCAUCUUUCAUUGUUGCCGCUGCUCGCAUGGAUGCUGUUCGCGACGGCCAGGUUCUGCACUUUGGAAAAUUCGGCUCCGACCAAAAGUUCACUGAAGGACAAAAUGCCACGCAAGAGAUCGAUGUCGAGAAACGUCUUCUGUACUCGCGGUACCAUACUGCUGGCCACGUUCUCGGCUCAGCUGUCAGCCAUCUCCUGAAAGACAAAGUGGAGGGCUUCGACGAGUUGAAAGCCUCUCAUUUCCCCGACUCCGCAUCAUGCGAGUUCCAGGGGCUUAUCGAUGGAAAGUGGAAGGAGCCUAUUCAGAAGAAAGUCGACGAAUUCUUAGCUGCGAAAAUGCCCGUGGAGAUCGAGUGGUGGGACGCCGAGGACUUUCGCAAGAAUGAUCUGGAACGCCUUACCCCAGAUCCAAGCUUCGUGGCGCCAGGCGAGAAGUUUAGAGUCGUGAGGAUUGUUGGAGCUGAAGUGUAUCCAUGUGGUGGCACACAUGUCGACACCACUGAUCUUUGUGGCGAGACGCUGGUCAAGAAGAUUGCGCGAAGCAAGGGAAAGUCAAAGGUUAGUUACUUGAUAAAAUAG